CAAAAUGGCGGACGAACAAGAACUUGGCGAAAAAAAGACAAUAAUCCAAGCCUUUGACCCCACAGAAUAUCAGCACACCAGAUAUAAUCCACUAAAAGGAGAAUGGGUUUUGGUUUCUCCACACCGUAUGAAAAGACCUUGGAAAGGACAGGUUGAGAAGAAGGAUGAAGAUGAGAUUCCCCGGUGGAACGAGAAGAAUCCUUUAUGUCCCAGAGCAGUCCGUGCCAGCGGGAAGGUAAACCCGGAUUAUUCCAGUACAUAUGUCUUUGAAAAUGAUUUCCCAGCCCUUUUACAGGGCGACGCUCCUUCUCCAGGUAAAGGAAGCCAUCACUUACUCCAGUGCAAACCAGCUCAAGGGACUUGUCGCGUCAUGUGUUUUCAUCCCUGGUCAGAUCUUACUCUUCCAUUAAUGAUGAUAGAUGAAAUCAAAGAAGUUAUUAAAGAAUGGAUAAAGCAAUUUGUUGAAUUGAGCCAGAUGUAUCGAUGGGUCCAGAUCUUUGAAAAUAAAGGUGCAGUAAUGGGAUGUUCGAACCCCCACCCUCACUGUCAGAUUUGGUCAAGUUCAUUCUUACCCAAUGAACCAGCUCAAGAGAACAGGAUGCAGAAAGAGUACUUCCAACAGCAUGGCAUCCCAUUACUUGUGGAAUAUGUCAAACUAGAAGCCAAAGAAAAGGUCAGAAUAGUGGUGGAGAAUGAAUCUUGGAUGGUAGUCGUUCCAUACUGGGCAGUGUGGCCAUAUGAAGUCUUGUUGCUUCCACGCCGUCAUGUGCUUAGAAUAUCAGACCUCACUGACCAAGAACAACACAGUCUGGCAGAAAUAAUGAAGAAGUUACUCAUUAAAUACGACAACUUAUAUGAAACAUCAUUUCCAUACUCUAUGGGCUGGCAUGGAGCACCAACGGGAUCUGAAGAUCAAGACUGUCAACACUGGCAGCUUCAUGCGCAUUACUACCCAUCUCUCCUGCGAUCAGCUAGUGUCAAGAAGUUCAUGGUGGGAUAUGAAAUGCUUGCGCAAGCACAAAGGGACUUGACAUCUGAACAAGCUGCUGAAAAACUGAGAAGUCUUCCAGAUGAACACUACAAGACAAGAAAGCCAGGCAGUUUACAAGAGAAGUGAUAGAAAAGUAGGUUUGUAAAAACAUUACAUUCUUUCAUGCAUGCCGUUCUCGGUUAUUCCAGUUUGAGACCUUAGCAACAGCUUUUCCAUGGCCAUAGCAACCACCUUUUUCAGGGUUAGAUCAAGGGGGAGGGGUGACUGUUACCUAGAAAGGCAUCAUAUAAGGUUUUAGAUUUCACUUUAGCCUAAUUAUUUUUCAAUUUCUAUCAUUCCAACCCCCCCUCCAGUAGUCUCUAGACUAGUUUGUUUUACAUCCUUUGGUAUCAAAAACUACUCCAAUAUUAAAGUGAAUUUUCUUCUUUUUAUGCAAAUAAAUUUUAAUUAAUUAAUUCAUACAUUGAAUGGGGACAGAAGUUUUGAAAUUAAGGUCCAAAAUUUACAAAUUGUAAUGCAAGAAAGCCAUAGUUAUAGAAGACCAUUGACUGUGAAGAUACCUGUAUCACUGGGAGCUUGCAUAGUAUAAUGUAAGAUAUAAUGUAAUAAGUAAUUAUUAUAUUAAUAAUUACUUAUAAUUGAUAAGAAAUAUUAAUAAUAGAUUGAUGAAUAAUAAGUAGAUUUAUAAAACUGGAUAAAAAUGAUAAUGAUUCAAAUUUUAUUUUAGUGUAUGUAAUUUAUAUAAUUAAUGAUGACACACCAAUGUCGUUGAAUUAGGGCUUAAUUGAGCCAUUAAAAAGUGCAUAUCAGCACACUCGUCAGUUA